AUGAUCCAAUUUGCCGGUUUGGAGGGGAUAACAAUUCGGAACGCGUUCAGCAGCUGGCCAGGCGAGGAAUUCAUCGGGCACCGCAUGGCGCCGUCAAAGCUUCGGAAAUCCGCAAUUCGAGACGGAUUCCCCGUGCUGCCGCCCGCAGCCCGGUUUCCCUGGGCUCCUGCAACUCUCCUAAAUUGCGGGUACAUGUGCCACCACUAUUAUUAUCAAUUGGGUCCCUCUCGCAGAGGAACACACACAUCAAUCGGCUGCAGCUGUGGCCAGCUGGAGGCCUCUGUAGGAAGAGGCUGGCGGUGGCGUGGGCUGCGACAAGACCCCUCUGGUCCGGCAGACUCUGCACCUGCACCUCCCUCUUACCGGGCUGGGCUCUCCGUCUGUUGGCUGCUCACUUCAUGA